UCACUACUUGGUAUUUUACCCUGCCCCAAGUCAGGCCACACUGCCUUGGUGUUAUGCAAAAAACGUCAUUUUUUUGACAAUUCAACAGAUUUUUUCCCUUUAUUCGAGCGAGGAGUCACCAUGGCGACGGCAGUGCCGCAUUGUCCCCCGAAACAGGACCUUCCACCGCCGGGCGGCUACAAGAAGAUACCCUUUGCCCGCGUGCCACCGAAGAGCUACUUCACAGGCUUCACCACCAUCGGCACCUAUGUGGUUGUGACAGCCGUUGGCCUGGGCAUCUACUACUUGACCGCCAAGAAGGUGAAGCGCGACGAGAUCGAGAUGCGUUCCGCCCAGAAUGUCAUCUUUCCCAUUUUGGUCGCCGAGCGGGAUCGCGAAUUCCUGCGCCAGUUGCGACGCAAUCGGGACGAGGAGGCCGAGCUGAUGAAGAACGUGCCCGGCUGGGAGGUGGGCACCUGGUAUGGUGAGCCCGUUUUCAAGACCCUGCCCGAGGAUACCCUGGUCACGCCCAUUUUCAAGGAGUUCUACGCCCACUCCGACUGGAAGUCGUACGCCAAGCGUGCCCACUUGAAGCUCUGGUCCUAAAUCGGCCUAGUUAAUGGAUUAGUUAAUGCCUAAGCACGCACCUUUUUGUUUGUAGAUCAUCCGCCUAAGCGCCAAAAAAAGAAAGUAUCGACCAAUUAUAAUGUCAGAUCAGAUUGGCUGAAAUACCGAUUCUCUUUGUGUGUGUUUAAUCCAAAUCCUGUGCUGGACCACCCGAGGUAGCCAGAGAUUUUUACCAAACCGGGGGCGUUGCCGUCCAGCUGCAAUAUAGCCCACGGGCAGUGCUCAAAAAUGGCCAAAUUAGAUGGAUUUGGUGGCACCAACAGCGGGGAAUCCCAGUUGGCUGUGUCACCAAAUUAAAAUCUAAUUGAAAAUCUGCUGCUUAGUAAAAAUAAUAAAUUCACAACAUAAAACACUACGAAAUGCUUAUGAUUCAAUAGGGAUUAUUAAAAUAGCAAUGAAGAAAUCUUGAGCCAUUGAAAAACAUUCUUGAUUUAUUUUAUUUUUAUUUUUUAUUGAAUUCAACAUCGAUUUGACGCUCGUUUUGUGUGUCAGUAUUUGGAGUUUCGGGUUAUUACACAAUAGCGGGUGAUCGUGAGCUCUAACAUUAAGUAGUCGUAAUUAUAAGUAAGUAAUAUAUAUCUAUACAUGGGCCAUGAUCGACAUCCGUCGACAUGCUUUUAUCUUCAAUUGUAAACCGCAGAGUUGGCCUGAAAUCAUAU